AUGGCUGUAACGGCGCGAUGCCGUUACAGUGUGAAUGAGAAUGUGCCUUUUUCUUUAUAUUUCGUUAUUUUCGUACUCAGUGGCCUUACAACUGCACAAAUUCGAUACUCCAUUCCGGAGGAGCUGGAGAACGGGGCAUUGGUCGGCGACAUUGUCCGAGAUUUGGGUCUGGACCUGAGAAAACUUUCCACGCGACGAAUCCGAAUCACAUCCGACAGUGGACGGAGAUAUUUCACGAUCAAUCACAAAACCGGGAAGCUGGUGGUGAGUGACCGCAUUGACCGAGAGACGGUGUGUGAGUUCAGUGGCACCUGUUCGCGCAACCUGGAGGUGGUCUUAGAGAAUCCACUGGAGGUGCACAACGUGGAGGUGGAGAUUUUGGACGUGAACGAUAACGCGCCACAAUUCCCUCGAGAUGAAUACCAGCUUGAGGUGUCGGAGUCCGCUCUCACCGGCUCCCGCUUUCACAUCGAGGGAGCUCAAGACGUAGAUGAUGGCUCCAACUCUGUGAAGCAGUACCGCCUCAGCCCUAACGACCACCUCGCCCUGGACUCGAUUAAGCCCUUUUCCAAUGAUAAGCACAUCGAGUUUAUUCUCAAAAAGCCCUUUGACCGCGAGCAGAUGCCCUCACAUCAGCUAAUCCUGACAGCAAUAGAUGGAGGCACCCCGCAGCGAACUGGCACGGCCAAAAUCAAUGUACGUAUCCUUGAUGCCAAUGACAAUGUACCUGCGUUUGGCAGCUCUGUGUACAAAAUAAAACUGUCCGAAAACUCCCCAAAGGGCGCUCUUGUGAUCAAGUUAAAUGCAACAGACCCCGAUGAGGGCUCAAAUGGGGAGGUGUUUUACUCCUUCAGCAGUUACACACCAGAAAGAGUCAGACAGAUGUUUUCCAUGGACACAGAAACUGGGGAAAUUAGGGUGAAAAACAAUAUAGACUAUGAGGAGACCAACACAUAUGAAAUGUACAUACAAGCAAUGGACAAGGGGCCGGCUCCUGUGGCAGUUCACUGUAAAGUAGUUGUUGAAGUUUUGGACGUCAAUGACAACAUUCCUGAGAUUGUACUGUCUUCACUCUCCAGCCCUGUACGUGAGGAUGCCCGGGCUGACACAGUUGUAGCAUUAAUCAGUGUGAAUGACCGUGACUCUGGACCAAAUAAACAAGUUACCCUGGAGAUCAUGCCCCAUCUGCCUUUUAAGAUAAAAUCUUUCCGGAACCACUAUACCAUCGUCACAUCCGCUUUCCUGGACCGGGAAACCAUCUCUUCUUACAAUGUCACAGUCAACGCUGUAGAUGGAGGCACCCCACCCCUGUCAUCUCAAAUGACCUUUAAAGUGGAUGUUGCAGACGUAAAUGACAACCCACCUCGAUUUGAACAAACAUCCUAUACUGUUUACAUUACAGAAAACAAUGCUCCAGGUGCACCUCUGUGUGUUGUUAAGGCCACGGACGCUGAUGCUGCAGAAAAUGCACGCAUCACCUAUACUGUCCUGAAUGACAACAACCAUGGUAUCCCUGUAGCCAGCUACGUCAGCAUCAAACCUGAUAAAGGUCAAGCCUAUGCCCUGCGAGCCUUCGACUUUGAAAAGCUGAGAGAGUUUCACUUUCAGAUCAAAGCCCAGGACAAUGGUGUGCCUCCCCUCAGCCGUGUGGCCACAGUGUAUAUUUACAUUAUGGAUCAGAAUGACCAUGUGCCCAGGAUAGUCUACCCACCUGCCAAUGGGAGCCGCACCACAGAGACACUAAUGAAAAAUGCUGAAGCAGGAGUGUUGGUUGGCAAGGUGACAGCGUGGGAUGGGGAUGCAGGGCAGAAUGCUUGGUUGCUCUAUGCCCUGGAGCAGACCAACGCCGGCCUCGACCUGUUCAAGGUGCAUGAGUACACAGGGGAGAUCCGCACCACAAGGCGCGUCAUUGAGGACAACUCCACCUCCUUCCGUCUGACAGUGCUGGUGCACGAUAGCGGCUUACCACCACUCUCCUCCACUGCCACCAUCCAUGUGCACGUGAUGGAGCUGCUACCUAAAUUGACCCCUGACCCCAAGCGUAUCAUCAGGCCCAACAGCCCCCUCAUGUUUUCCAAUGUCACCCUCUACCUUAUCAUUGCCCUAAGUGCCACAACCUUUGUGUUCCUUGUAACUGUCUUUGUUCUGGCCAUUGUCCGUUGCCAUGCAUACUGCACCCAGCCUGGCUCCUGCUCUCCAUGUUGUGUGUCAAAGAAGAGUGCUCCAGAGGGGGGCAACCCAGCCGGUGGGGGUGGAGGAAGAGCUACAGGUGUAGGAGGUGGAGGCCAACCAAAUGAAAAUGUAGCCCUGCGCCGUGACCUCAAAGUGGAACCGCACUAUAUUGAAGUGCGGGGUAAUGGGUCUUUGACCAAGACAUACUGUUACAAGACAUGCAUGACCGCCACAUCAGGAAGUGACACUUUUAUGUUCUACAACACGGGACGGCCACACAGUGGCACCUGGGGCUCGGGGUACGUCACCAGCCACAGCGGACAGAGCCAGUUAUUUGUACGGCGUCUCAGUAUGCCAGAUGCAACUGCCAUUCAGGUCUGUCCCAAAGGGCCGGGUGCCGACUGGAGAUAUUCAGCCUCCCUGAGAGCAGGAGGUGUAAUGCAGAGCUCAGUGCACAUGGAAGAGUCCUCGGUAAUGCAAGGAGCCCAAGGUGUCCUGGUCCAGAACUGGCCCACUGCAUCCAGCGCCGCCGAUGCUGAAGGGGGAGAGGUGUCCCCUCCAAUGGGUGCUGGAGUAGACAGCAACAGCUGGCAUUUUCGCUAUGGAGCCGGCGGUCCUGGUGCACCCCCGCAACACCUGAAACCUGGUGAUGUUCCCCCAGAAGCCUUCAUCAUACCCGGCUCACCUGCCAUAAUAUCCAUCAGACAGAACCAGGGAGGAGAGGACGACAAGAGCGAUUUCAUCACCUUUGGAAAGAAAGAGGAGGCCAAGAAGAAGAAGAAGAAGAAGAAGGAGAAGAAAGACAAGAAGGAUAAGGGGAAGGAUGAUGGAGAUGAGUAGAGGAGCAGAAAGAGGAAAUGGCAAAGAAAAGGGCGUUGUUAAAACAGAGGUACCAACCAAAGUCCACUGGGCAAAAAGAAAAUGUGAAAACUAUUUCAUAUUUUACUAUUUCAUUUUAUUACCCUUUUUCGCUGAUAAUAUUUUUGAAAAACCUGGCCUUACCAAGAUUUAUUUUACGUUGAGUCUCUUUCUGAGGUAAAUUAUUGAUCUUGCCUUGAUAAACAACAAAAUGAUUGAUUUUGCUCCACGCCCCUAUGUGCCUAUACACCCCAAGUCAACUCAUGUCAGUCAACCUUUCCGGUAAUAAUUGACCACUCUUUGCCCUAGUCUUGAAUUGGUUUUCCUUUAACCCACUGGGCAUGUUGGCACCUCUGUCUUACCCCCUCCCCAACUGAUGUGUAAACCGUUCUCUCUGAGAGAAGACAAAUACUUUGUACAAGAACAACAAAAAGCUCUGUGCCAGCUGAGGAAAAGAAGAACGACGACAAAGAAGAUUGAGACAGAUGCAUGCCAUCUGGAGCUGGACACGUACUACUUGUAAAUAGCACAGGAGUCACUGAAACUAAGGCUUACAUGACACUGCUGCAGAUUCCUCUGAUACUUACCAACAGUGUUUCCUAAGAUCUCAAUGAAACCACAUGCACACAUACGCAUGCUCACACAUUCAAACAUGCAAAUACAAAUACACAUACUUACCAUGACUAAAUAGAUACUUGAGACCUAGAGAGAGGGUGAGAAAUAUAAAAGGAGAGAAGAUCAACUGACAUCCAAGAAAUGUGCUUAAAACUAGACACUGCAAGCAUUUUGUCCUGCACCGUCACCUAUGCGGUGCGCAUGUGUACAUCAACUCUCAGGAUGGAAGCAGCAUCCUUUGCUACCACUCUGUAUUUUCUCACUGCAUUUGAAGGACACAGAGCUUCAUUUCCUGCUAGAACGCCAACUGAGGAAUGCAGAGAGCACCGGAAAGAUGGAGAGAUGGGAGGAGACUUCAUGUUCUCCUGAGGAUCACAGAGGGGAGAGUCCAGCUGAGCUGGCUUGUGACUCCACUUUCAGUCAGUGGACUCUGAUGAAACCGUACAGAAUAAAAGGAGAGUCUUGAGAUUUUGAUAACACCUUCUCUUCUCCCCCUGCCGCAGCAAAAGCCUAAUGCUUUCUGCUUUGAAUGUUUGGUAGCAACCAGUCCUUACCUAAUUCCUUGAGUUUACAACUGCUCACUUGCUUGCAUUUGCCCCAAGCUGCCACGAGCCGUCCUCUCCUCCCCCAACUGCCUUUUUCCUCACAAUCACCCAUCCUACUGACUGCCUCUUCAUGUGAUGAUACAGUUUAACUGGUUCUGUUGUUCAUUUAUUCUCAAAAGUGAUUUCCUGUUACAUACUCCUGUAAUUUUUUCUUUCUCACAGUUUUAACUGCUUUUUGAGUGUCGUGCCCACCCCUAUUUACCCUCAGACACUGCCCCGAAGCCCUGCUCUGACCCCCUGCUCAGGAUCAAUCCUGGGAAUGGCCUGCUCUGAACAUUGUGGUGUGCUGAGAACAGCAUGGAGUAAUGUGGAUGUGGCCUGGGUAAGCCCAGUCGGGGGUCUACGCCCUGAACUCUUAUCAGAUGUCUCUCGAAGUUCGGUUCAGUGCUUUUAACUUGCGAAUACUAGCCUACACUGUUAAUUUCAUGUGCGUAGCCACUGAUGAGAGAGGACCAGGUGGGAUGAAGCAGAUGACAGCAGUGGAGGCCUGGGAUUAAGUGAGGAGAAAGGUGCCGUGGGCUGGCCCUCCAUCUCCAUGUACAAGAGAAGAAAGUUGUUCUCCAAAUUGAUUGUUUAGGAUCUUUGAGUCACAUUAGCUUUUAUCUACGCUGUAAAUGUAGCGUAGGCUUUUCAUAGAUUGUCUCUGCAUUAGUAAUUGAAACUUGCUUAAUAUACAGGCAUCUAGGGAUUCCACUCCCACAGCUACACUAUAUCCCACCAAUCCUCUCUCAGGAGGCUUUGAAGAAGGGGCACACUCAUGCCUCAAGGCCUGCUUCUGUCGGUUCCCCUCCCCUGCCUGUAACUUGUCGCCACGUCCCCAAAGUUUUGCGGCUCAGUAUGACGUCACUCCAUUAAGUGGCUGCUGCAUGUACUGCUCUAAGGAAACACAUACUAUAUAGAGAAAUAUAUAUAUAAAUAGAUAGAUGGCUAUGAUUUUAUUCUUUUGUAUCAUAAUUUUUUCUUCAUUACUUGCACAGGAGAUAUUUGUAUGUACUUCCGUCUCUGCCAAACAUCUAUGUACUACAAUCUUCACACUCCACAGAUGUUGUAUGGCAUCCACUAAACCUCUUUAAAUAUUUGUAAAUGCUAUAGUGUGAUACCUUUCCCUGCAAGUUUAUCAUUUUUCUUUUACCAACUAUAAUUUUUGUUUUUGAAAACGAGCAAAGCAAGAAAAAAAAUCACUCUGUGUCCAGCUUUGACAUGACGAUCUUACUAACACUGUAAUAUUGUAACUGAAAUAUGUAUGAUCCUAUGAUGAGCUAUCACUUCCCUUUCACUCUUGAAAAAAAAGAAAGAAAAAAAAAAAUAUUCCAGUGUAUAAAAAGAUAUAUGUUGUGUAUGCUUGUCUUUAGUGAGCGUUCAUGCUGUCAUUUUUUUCCAAUGUAUGGUGGUGCACUAUGGUGGCAAUGUGCUGUCCUAAAUGGACUAGCCCAGAUCUGUUGUAAAACCCUUUUUUUGUAGACCCGCUCAUCAACUGUGACAGUGAAGUAGUGAAUUUCAUUUAUUCCAUUUUUAUUUUAUUUUAUUUUUUUAUUUUACCUAAAUGGAUACAGUGGUAAUGUGUUUUGUUUAUAAAUCACUAAUAAAGUUUUCUUUCUUAAAGU